AUGUGUAACUCUGCUGGCAGUGCGGUUUCAUUUUCAUCAACUUCUCCAGGAGAUGAUCGGACGGCUGUUAGUGUAAUCAGGACCAGGUCCUCUAGAGCUCCCCCUUCUUCAUUCUUAAUGAGAAUGGCUAUGAGAAUAUCAAGAGCAAGGUGGUUCAUCUUCUUAAGAAGAGUAUUCCACUACCAAAAUGGUUCAAGGUCUGAUCUUGGGUCAAACCCUUUCAAUUCCAGCACUUGGAUGAUGCUGGAAUUUAUUGCUUUGGUUGUUCAAAUAAGUAUCACCACAAUGACUUUGGCUGUUUCAAAGAAGGAGAGGCCGGUUUGGCCUAUGAGAAUUUGGAUUGUUGGGUAUGAUAUUGGUUGUGUUCUCAAUUUGCUGGUGCUCUUCGGGCGUUACAGGCUACUUUAUUUGUCUCAAGGAGAUGGUUUCAACCUCUCUGACAUGGAACAGCAGAGAAGCACUGAAGAAUCCAGGACCACACAUUUGAUGAACCGGUGUAGGACCUCACUUGAGCUAUUCUUUGCAAUAUGGUUUGUAAUGGGUAAUGUUUGGGUCUUCGAUUCUCGCUUUAGUUCUUUUCCUGGAGCUCCAAAACUCCAUGUGCUCUGCAUCUCUCUGCUUGCUUGGAAUGCCAUCAGCUACUCUUUUCCCUUCCUGCUGUUUGUGCUGCUAUGCUGCUGUGUUCCCCUAAUGAGCAGCCUGCUUGGAUACAACAUGAACAUGGGGUCCAUUGAUAAAGCAGCAUCUGAUGACCAAAUUUCUCAGCUUCCCAGCUGGAGAUAUAAAGAAGUUAACACCAAAGUAGAGCUCGGAAAUGAUUGUGAUUCAGGAUGCCUUGCAAAUGAAGAUCCAGAUUGCUGUAUUUGCCUGGCUAAAUAUAAAGACACGGAAGAAGUAAGGCAGUUGCCAUGUUCGCAUAUGUUUCACCUCAAGUGCGUUGAUCAGUGGCUCAGGAUCAUAUCUUGUUGUCCUCUUUGCAAGCAAGAACUGCAGAGAUAG